AUGCAGGAAAAUGUUGUCAGAGACAAAACUGUAAUGACUAGACGAUUGUUCAGAGCAUCUCCAAAAUGUCUAGUGAAGUGUUUCACUUAUGAAGUGAAUGACAAGUCCCCAAGGCGCUCAGCAAGUCGAUCAAGCAACAUUUCAAAGGCAAGCAGUCCAACCACAGUUACAGCCCCAAGGAGCCACUCACAAACAUCUGUCUGUCCAUCUACUCAGGAUAUUUGUAGAAUUUGCCAUUGUGAGGGAGAUGAUGAAAAUCCCCUAAUUACACCAUGUCACUGUACAGGAACAUUGAGAUUUGUGCAUCAAGCCUGCCUACAUCAGUGGAUUAAAAGCUCAGACACACGUUGCUGUGAACUUUGCAAGUAUGAUUUUGUAAUGGAAACGAAACUCAAACCUUUAAGGAAGUGGGAAAAGCUGCAGAUGACCAAAAGUGAAAGGAGGAAAAUAUUCUGUUCUGUAUCUUUUCACAUAAUUGCCAUUACCUGCGUAGUAUGGUCUUUAUAUGUGCUUAUUGACCGGACAGCAGAAGAAAUCAGGCAAGGGAAUGACAAUGGUGUCCUGGAAUGGCCAUUUUGGACAAAGUUAGUGGUUGUGGCUAUUGGAUUUACAGGUGGCUUAGUUUUUAUGUAUGUUCAGUGUAAAGUCUACAUACAGUUGUGGAGAAGAUUGAAGGCUUACAAUCGAGUCAUAUUUGUUCAGAACUGUCCUGACACCACAAAGAAGCUUGAAACUAAGAACUAUGUAAAUAAUCAGAACACUGAACUGAAGGAUUCUGUAUCUGUUCCAGUUUCACAGACAUCUACUAAUCUUCAAUCAUGUUCCAAUGCAAGUGUACCCGGAGUCAUGCCUGUUUGA